CCUAUAGUAUCAUAUACUUGGUAAUGAUUAUGUCAAUUCAGCACUGCCCGAUACGGAUGAUGUCACAAUAGCCAAUAUCAACGUACAAAAAUGCUUAUCAAUCCGGAAAUUACGUAUUCGCUCGUAAUCAACAUAUCAAAGUUUUUACCAUGGUUGGUUGUGUGUUGUUUAACGUCCUGUCGGAGAAUUUUUCAUUCAUAUGGAGACGUCACCAAACUUUAGGCCUAUGCUCGGCGCUUACGGCCUUUAAACAGGGAGGAACCUUUAUCGUAACAUUUGCUGUGACACGGGACCUCGGUUUUUGUGGUCUCAUCCGAUGGACCGCCCCCAUUUAGUUGCCUCUUACGACAAGCAAAGUACACUGAGGACCUAUUCUAACCCGGAUCUCCUCGGGAAGCUUUACCAAAUCAAUGUAUCAUUGGUUUACUGUAGAAAUCAAUGUACAUUGUAUGAUGAGUUUUUACCAUAGUUAAUUAUAAUUGAAUUAUAUCAAAACUUUUACCUUAGUUAAUCAAUGUAUCAAAAAUUCACCAUUAUAGUAAAUCAAUGUACUAAAGCUUUCAUCACAAUAAAUCGCUGUAUCAAGGCUUUUGCCUCAGAAAAGUAAGGUAUCAAAUAUUCCUUGGCGUGCCUUUAAAAUGCCAAAAAGUAAUCCACAAGAAUAUUAUUUUAUGAAAUCAGCUUUUGGACUCUUUAUUAAUUAAAAAAAAACAUAUCAAAAAUACUAUACCGUUUGUAUGAAAUAUUUAAGCAUGAAAAGUGCAGUGAAAUGUAUAUGAUGAAAAGAAUAUUACAUGUCAAAAAUCCAUAUCAUAUCAGCCCUAGGGCCCCAUAUCAACUCUCGGGCUUUCGGUUCUCGGGCUGAUAUGGGGCCACUCGGGUUGAUAUGACUUGAUAUGGAUUUUAGCAUGCAAUAUUCUCUAUUUAUUGUCGGGCUGUUUAAAGAUAUUGACCUGUAUGAGGGAAAGUUACAUUCAAUAAGAGAUAUGGCCGGUAUCUGAUAUAUUUUAACUUGUCACUUACAACUAUGCAUCCCAAUCAGUUUUCUCCGAUCUGCUCGAUUGCACUGCAAUAUCUAAAUUCUGAAAAUAUGGAAAUUCUCGAAAUAUUACAGAAACACCAUAUAGUGCAUUCGGUGAAUCCUUCUCCCAGCGAGAGUGAAUUAAUUUGCAUACUAAUUACGUAUUUUCCACUUCUCUGUCGGGAAUAAUCUUGUGAUUGUUUUAUAAUCAUAUCUUACUUCAUUGUUAUGGGACAUUUAAUGGUAGGCGUUUCGUAUACGAUAUGCUCAGGACAUUUACUUUCAUCCUUUCAUUUUGGAUUUAUGUUGCCUUGCACAAGGCAGCUGUGUUAAAUGGCGGGAGACAGGGCCUUAGAAGGGGAUUCCUAGACAGCCGUCUCACACAUGGUCCUCCACCUGCGGAUCCAGAAACCACUACCAUCACCAACAAAAACGACGAGUUUCGUAACCCCUCGCCACACUACCAAACCCACCACAACAAAGCUAGCCGCUGAACCGAUAAAAUCAAGUUUCGUAACCCCUCGGCAAACUACCAAAGCCACCACAACAAAGCUAAACGCUGGAUUCCAUCGAGUCAAUGUGAAGGCACCAUUCUUUGGUUGGGGGUUUCCAGUAUAAAGUUAAUUUAUUUCAUAUACUCCAAAAUGCUUGUCUCUUUUUAUUCUUUAAGUUACGAAACAUGGACUAAAGAAACCUAUCACCCGGAGGAAAUCAGUAAAACUGAAAUUAUGGUGGGAGAUGUAAGAAAAAAAACCAUCAAGUUCUUUUGUCGGGAAUUUUCUGACACUCGAUAGGCGGGGGCAAAUUAAAAGCGCUUUGAUUUUAGCCCCUCUCUUUUGCAUAAUUUUCAAUAAAGAUAGAUUUACAAACACGUGUCAUGUAUGUCAAUAUACAUACAAUGGUCAUGUUUUGAAAUAUGAGAAAUAUCGAUUUAAAUUGUAUUGCAUGAUAUAGAUUGCAGCCUGUGCUAUCAUCAAUAUUUCAAGAAAUAAAGUCUGUCAUGAUCA